CUAUACCAGUAACCUAAUUUUAAUGGUCAGUUGACUUUAUGAUAACACAUAAAUGAGUGUUAUUUGUCUUCCAAAAUUUUGGUUUUUUCAUGUCAUAUUGUGUAUCUACCUGUAUUUGAACUCGCAUUUAUCCUUCAUUUGCUUCCUAUCAUGUAAAUUAACUCUAUCAAGUUAAGGUGUGUGGGCUUAAAAUAUUUAAGGAAGAAUAGAAUUUCAAGUGUAGAGAAAAGUGCAAGAAGAGUUCGCAUGCAAAAUUCAAAACAUCACGAUCGAGAAUUCCAAAUUGUGAUCACGAAGUUCAUGGGAUAUGUGAAAGCUCAAAACCCAGGAUCUGUUCGCUUUCAUGGGAUAUGUCAAAUAUAGCAAAUAAAUUUUCACUCUCACUAUGAUACUAUCAUCGAAGCUACAAUUAAUUGAUUCUGCUACUGGCAUUGCUUCUUCAUUAGGUCUCCGGAGUCAAAUCAUUGGAUUCUAUGUUGGUGUUGGUUACUUGCUGCCAUUUGAAGAGAAAGGUGCACCAGAGUGUUUGGGGGGAAAGUGAUCGAUGCUGAACAAUUAAUUUAUUCCUUUCGUUAUGAUAGUUGUUUCUAAUGGGUAGCCAGAUUAGAUUUUGCUUCGGUUUUUGCCUUGGUUCAAGUGUAGUAAUGCUUGGUAUCUGUAGGUGAGGAGUGAGUCUCUUUUCUUGUAUUUUCGAGUUUUGCUUUGUCCAGUCGUGCAUAAUGAGAAUUAAGAUUAAUUAUCGAGAAAAAAUAGUCUAAUAAAAAAUUCAACAAAUUGGUCUAGUGAUAAUACGGGGAUAAAACAUCCUUCAUCCAUCAGUUCAAAUAUUGGAAGCAACAACCAAGGAAAAAUAUAAAAGAAUAAGAAAAGACCAUCAAAGUCAAUAUAAUUUGCCAAAUUAAAAAAAAAAGACCGAGAUACUAGCGUAAAAUUAAAAGUUAUAAUACUUUGGUCUACGCAAUAGCAUAAUGUAAAUUCCAAGAAGUUGGCCAAGGAGCAAUAAAAAAUAGCAAAAAAGAAAAAGACUAUCCAAGUCAAUAUAAUUAGCCGAAUUAAAAAAGACUGAGGUCACUUGCAGAAAAUUAAAAGCUAGAAUAUAAUUUGGUCUAUGCAAUAGCAGAAUAAGAAAAGUCUAUCCGAUCAGGCUUAUUAUAAAAAUAAAAAUAAAGUCUAUCCAAGUCAGUAUGAUAAUCCAUAUUGUUUUUUUUUUAUAAAUAAUCCAAAUUGUUGGUCAUGAUUCAUGACAUUUAAACAAGGAAAACGAAAAUGAUUCCCUAGCUACCAUUUACCUAAUUAUUGGUCAGUUGACUCUCGUAUUUAAUAUAUAUUGGUUUAUUUCAGUAAAAUAAAGGAUGGUUCUAUUGUACACCACACAAAAACUAGUAUAUGUUGGACAUCACAAUCUACAUUGUAUGUGUUCAUAUCAAUGGCCAGGACAAUUGUGGGUUAUUUUUUUUUUAUAAAAUAAAUUAUCGCAUUUAUGCUGACCGUUCAUAUGGAUUUGUAAGGUAAAGAUUGGCUGGUUUACGACAUACACCGAUUUUUUACUGGUGUAUACACUUGGUCGUCAUACACACUAUCUCAGAUCAGACCCGUCAGUCACACCUCCUUCCUUUAUAUGUCCUAAUCCACCAUCAUCUCCCAAUGAAUCAAACCAAGGCAAGCAAAAUAUACAUAUCAUCAUCAGUUAAUCAAGAUGGGAGCGUCGUACGAACUCAAGUCCCCAAAACAGUUCGUAGCUUCGUCGGACAAAUCAAAAAUAGAUGUCUACGAGCUGACGAGAGACACAAGCACGACGAACGCGUCCAACGUCAGAAUCAGCGACUGGAAGAAGGUGGCGACCGUACUGGCCGCCGCUUCCGCAGGCUGCAGACCACCACCGAGUGACGACGACGCCAUCAACAAGAAGGGGCCGGCGCCGCCGCCCCAGCCGCACGACGCGCUGAAGGUUUUCAGCAGAGAGAUCAAGGGCCAGGCGCUGCGCAACCUAGCGGACGACCUGGUGCAGUCGCGGCUGCUCAUCAACCGCGAAGGCUUCUGCUUCAUCGACGCCACGACACUCGUGGACCCCAAGUUCGGGGUGCAGUAUUUCCGGGCCCAGGACCUGUUCGCUUGGUCCCAGUACGGGGUCGACGACGACGAGGAUAAGACGACCACGUGGAACCCGUGCGACAUGCACGCGGCUGGGGCCGUUGUUCUGGACUACGGGGAGAUGGUGAGGGAGAAGGAGGAGCGAGUGUACCAGCUGCGGUACAAGGAGUAUCGCGACGAGGAGAAGAAGCUGGAGCAGGCACACAAAGAGCUGGAGGAGUACCAGAAUCUGAACUACUGGGGCGCCCCUCCGCCCUCGAGGCUGGUGUUGGCGGCGGAGGCUUUGAUCCCGGCCCUUCAGCGACGGCGUCGAGUGUGCACGCUACCACUAAGAGUGGGGUCACCGUCAGCUACCAGUCGCUUCUGGUCCAGUGGGCCUCCGUUGGACGGAAAAUCGGGGGUGAACAACUUGGUGGUGGUCGAUCAAGAGGUUGACCAGCAGGCGUCUGGCACGAUGGAUGGCGAGACGAGAGACGGGCGUUUCGACGCUGGGAACUGGUGGUAUGUAAGGACCACACAUCCGGACGGGGGAACGACGCUGGUUGCGUACUACGAAGGGAGCUUCGCUCAUGCGGAGGUGUACAAUGGCUACACGGGGCGGCGAGAGCUCGUUCCCCUGCCCUACGCGAUUGAUUCCAAUUUCAGGAGCGACACCCGUUUCUACCUGGCUUGCUUGUCUUCUCUCCUCCUCAGGAUUGUCGUUAUCCUCGUCUAAUCAUCAUCAUCAUCAUGCCGCAAAACAGCUAGCGGCGGCUUCAGUUUCCUCAUUUUUGUUUUGAUUAUAUUAAUCGUAUCAUGCAGACACAGAACCAACAUGAAAAAGUCAGUUUUUCUUUUUCAUUUGCUGUCAGUGAGACUUAAUUCAACCCGGUUUGAUUGCAACUAAGGCUGGGAAACAGUCCGGUUUGAUUUAAAUCGGACCGAUUGACCUGGUUUUUUACAACCGUAUUGGCCAACUCCACAACCGAAGACGGAAUUGGAUUAUUACAUGGUUCAACCGUGACCGGACUGGAUUGAAUCCGGUUUCAACCCAAAAACCGGAUCACCUUCUUCCAUCUCAAACACUGCCGUUUGAAGUUUGAACACAAAAAAUCACUAACCCCCCAAUCCCCACGCCAUUCCAAAAUCUUCCUUCUCUCUCAUUACAACCCAAGUCUUCCUUCUCUCUCAUUCUUUCUAUUUCUCCUUCCAAUUUCCAUCUUUCUACUUCUCUUGGGACGACAAUAAGAAACCCAAAUCCCACCCAUCCCAUCCCUUUCCUAUUAUGUUACUCUUUAAAUCUUAACCCAUCAAGAAAUUAGGGGGGGGGGGGGGGGGGGGGGGGGGGGGUGGUGGUGGUGCCAAAAAGGGGGCGGGUCUUGCAUGCUUUGCUAUGGGAGAGAUCCAGAGGAAGUCAUGUCAUGCAUGUUUCGAUCGGAGAAGAAGCAGAGCGACGGCCACUUCAAAUCGGCUGGUGAGGCUGAGAAGAGAGAGGAGACCUGCGGCCGUUCCAAAUCGGUUUUCUCGUCGUCAUGGCCGCCGCCAUGGAGUCGAAUGAGAGGCAAGCGGAGAGGAUGGGUGAGAUGAGAGCGCAGAGUGAGAAGAGAGAGGGAGGGUUUCGAUUUGGGUGUUGACGGCAGGGUGGGAAUUGGGAGGGUGAUGGUUUUUUUUUUUCUUUGCCGCUAGGAAGAGACCUACAUCUUAGAUAAGGGAAGAGAUUGGAGAAGCACGACUGCUUUCCAGGUUGGGGAGACGAUUUAGGGUUAUGUAGUUGGGCCUUGAGAAUUUGGGCAGGGAUGGUGUGGCCUGUAGUUGGGCCUGGGCCUAAGUUGCUGAAGCAGGUGGGCUGGCUGGAGAGAAAGAAUGGGCUGAAGUUGGGCUACCCGGUUUUUUCGGUUUUAACCGGAUCGGACCGGAUUGUGAACAUAGCAACCGCAAACUGGAUUGGGCUAAUUGGAUUCCGGUUUCCGGUCACAACCGGGACGAUUUAAACUGGUCGGUUUCCGGUUUGACCGAAAAACUGGGGCCGAAUUUCCAGCCCUAAUUGCAACCAUCACAGCUAGUUGGACUUCUUUGUCUUAUUUGCAACUAUAUGAGAAUGAGAAGAGGAAAUCACUUUCCUCACUUUCAAUUUUGCCAAUGCAAAUAGUUUUUUUUUUUUACGCAAAAUUGAUUUGUGUAGCUAAAACUUUCAUGUUUGUGACAGUAAUAGCCACUUUUGACGAAAUACCAAAUAUAGCCAGAAUUUUGAAAGUUUCAUGACAAAUAUAGCCAUUUCCGUUAACAUAUUUUAACAGCGUUAGUGACACCGUUAAUCAAAUUAACAGAAUGCU